ACCAAUAUAUAUAAAUAUAUUAAACAGUGAUUUAAUUGGAGGGGUUUGGGUGGCUCCAGUCCUGGAUGGUCCUUGUGUGCCUGGAGUCAGAGAGGCUCCCUCCUGUCACCCCUAUCACUGGGACUCAGACAGACAGACAGAUAAGCUACAAGUCUAUUUUGUAUCUCAGGAGGUUGCAUCUGGCAUUAUAUGAUCUUUGGCCUCCAGCUUUGCAAUCACAUGUACACAAUACAGAGAUGACGCAAAUCCGGGUUCCUGUUGUCCUGUGCUCAGCAGCUUCUUCACCAAAUUUCAGUUAAGAAAAACAGAGGACACAGAGGUGUGUGCUAGGACGUGGUGAUGAUGAUGAUGAUGGAGAACCACCAGCCCUUCACGUCACUGGAUGGAGCCAGUAACCAGGAUACCCCAGAGAGAUGUCCCCGUCCUGUUUAUUCCCAGGACUGUACAGAGGAGAAUCACAGGACCCCACAGGAGGAUCAGGGUGAAGAUCUGGCUGAUAUAAAGGUAGAAGAUACAGAGGGAGAAGAAGAGACGUUUUUGAGGGGUGACCAGCAGUGUAAGGAGGAGAAAAUUCCUACAGAUAUCAGCACAGAUGGAGCCAGUAACAGAGAUUCCCCAGAGAGAUGUCCCCGUCCUCUUUAUUCCCAGGACUGUACAGAGGAGAAUCACAGGACCCCACAGGAGGAUCAGGAUGAAGGCCUGACUGAUAUUAAGAUAGAAGUUAUAGAGGAAAAAGAAGAGGGGUAUGUGAGGGGUGACCAGCAGUGUAAGGAGGAGGAAAUCCCUACUGUCAGCACAGAUGUGGUACUAGACAAGUAUCGUGAAUUUAUUCAAGGCUUUAUUGAAAUGUACAGGGACCGCGAGUGCCUUUGGAGGGUUAAAUCCAGGGACUACACCAACAAGUCUUUACGUAACCAGGCUCUGCAAGAGUUGGUUGACCACAGCAGGCCUUAUUACGCAGCCGCCUCACUGGAAUGGGUGCGGAAAAAAAUCCAGAAUCUACGCACAGUUUUUCUCAAGGAGCACAAAAAAAUACAGAAUUCGUGGAGGUCCAGUGCGGGGACCAAUGACCUGUACCAGCCCACCCUGUGGUAUUAUAACCAGCUCCUAUUCACCCUUGACCAGGAGCCACAGAGAAGAGGCCUGGUAGUGAUGGCCGAGAGAGAGACUGCAGAGGAGGCCGAAGAUGUGGGGGAAACAUCAGAAACACUAUCGACACCUUUAAAUGAGAGAAGUGGAUCCUCAGCUGAUUGCACUAAUGAGCUUCUGGUCUCUAUAAGAACUGAGACUGGAAGGGUCUGGUUAUUCUUUUCCCCUCUGAAGAAACGACCGGUGCCUUUGGUCGAGAAACACGUCAGGGUAUAGGCUGUGGGACUCCUGCCUUUUCCACGGACACAUACAUUUACGGCUCUGCAUUGCAUUGCACCGCUCUCUUCAAUUUUGGAGCCACCAGCAGUGGUCCUCCUGCAAACGGGGACCGUUGCUAACAACCAUUUUAUCCACAAGUGAUCGGUGUAACCAGCCAGCGCGAGGAGACUCCCAGCGCCGCCGGUUCGAAUCACCUUGGAAGCGGUAAGCCGUAACCACUCCAAACAUCUCUCUCAUUGCCAUCUGUAGACAGCGUGUGACGGAGCCGCUGCAUUUAGAUUAACUUCUUGGAAGCCGUACAAACAGCAGUGCACUUGCUAUUAGAGACUUGAAAACUUUUCACUCCAAUGAAUUGCAACUAUAUAUCAAAGAGUGAAGUCUUGCACUAGCUAUUUGAACUAGUCUGUGGAUUACGGAGCUAAAGGAAAAAAACGGUUAUAUUUAUUUAUACUAUCGGAUACAUUUUAUUGCCAUAUCAAAAGGAGAACUUUGUGUCCAGUCAUUUUUUUGUGAAUUUUAGGUUAGAGGAUCCUAUUUAUUAAAUUUAUUUUAAUGUAUGUACACAUAUGCAAAAUAAUUUGUGAUUUUAUUGAUUUAAUACCCAGUGGUUAUGGGUUUCUAUAGAUCAGUAUAGUAAAUACUAUUAAUUAA